UUAUGUUUCGUUAUAACCAGAGAGAAGAGAAGAGACGAGAGAAAAGGAGAUAUGGAUAAUGGAGGGAGCGUGUUGUCCCUCUCUGCUCCACACUUUCCUUACUCCGCCACCAUUCUCCGCCGUCACUCUCCGAUGGCUUCCAUAUCUUUCUCCCUCAAACCACCGCCGCAACCACCACAACCUCCGCCAGAACCUCCUGAGAGUCCUCCUGACCUCCGUCGCCCGGAGAAAUCUCUUGGUUCUUCUUCUUCUUCUUCCUCACCUUCCCCUAUCCCUUCUCCUAAAACCCCUCUAAAGAUUAAUCCACUCAAGGAUUUAACGAAUCGUUCUUCUGUGUCUCCUCUUGUUCAAUCAGAGGUUUCGAGUAAAGUUUCUUCCUUUGGCUCUUCUCUAGCAUCCAAACUACGUUUGUCCAGCAAGCUUUCUCCUCCUCCUCCUCCACCUCCGCCUCUUGUGGAGGAAACCCAAUUCCGAGAUGACAUGCGUAAUGACACGAAACCUCCGGAAGAAGAAACUCCGAAGCCGCAACCGGAAUUCCGACAAGAAGGGAAGAUAUUCGUCGGUAAUUUACCGACAUGGAUAAAGAAACCGGAGUUUGAGGAGUUUUUCCGACAGUUCGGACCGAUAGAGAAUGUGAUUCUAAUCAAAGGGCAUCACGAGGUCGAGAAAAACGCGGGAUUUGGGUUCAUUAUUUACGCGGCAGAGAAGUCUGCAAUGAAAGCUGUGGAGUUCGACGGCGUUGAGUUUCACGGCAGGAUAUUGACGGUGAAGCUAGACGAUGGAAAGAGGCUGAAAACAAAGGCUGAGCAGAGAGUGAGGUGGGUGCAGGAAGGAGAAGAAGACGCGAAAAUGUCGAAUAAGUCGUCGUGGCAUCAGGAGAGAGAAGGGUCACGAAAGUCACUUCAGAGGAUUCUAGAUACUAAUGGAGAUAACUGGCAAGCUGUUAUUUCAGCUUUCGAGAAGAUCAACAAGCCUUCUAGGACAGAGUUUGGUUUGAUGGUGAAGUUCUAUGGAAGAAGAGGAGAUAUGCAUCGUGCACGUGAGACUUUUGAGAGGAUGCGCGCGAGGGGUAUCACACCAACAUCACGUAUAUACACAAGCCUUAUUCACGCUUAUGCAGUUGGUAGAGAUAUGGAAGAAGCACUGUCUUGUGUUCGUAAAAUGAAGGAAGAAGGAAUUGAGAUGAGUUUGGUGACUUAUAGCGUAAUCGUUGGAGGAUUCUCCAAAGCGGGAAAUGCCGAAGCUGCAGAUCACUGGUUUGACGAGGCCAAACGGAUACACAAAACCCUCAAUGCCAGUAUUUAUGGAAAAAUCAUAUAUGCACACUGUCAGACGUGCAAUAUGGAGCGGGCAGAGGCAUUGGUGAGAGAGAUGGAAGAAGAAGGUAUUGAUGCUCCUAUUGCUAUCUACCACACCAUGAUGGAUGGCUAUACAAUGGUCGCCGAUGAGAAGAAAGGCUUAAUUGUUUUCAAAAGACUUAAGGAAUGUGGAUUUACUCCGACAGUUGUUACUUAUGGGUGCCUCAUUAAUCUUUAUACUAAGGUUGGAAAGAUUUCAAAAGCCUUGGAAGUUAGCAGAGUGAUGAAGGAAGAGGGCGUAAAGCAUAAUUUAAAGACUUAUUCGAUGAUGAUCAACGGAUUUGUAAAACUAAAAGAUUGGGCCAAUGCGUUUGCUGUAUUUGAAGAUAUGGUAAAAGAAGGCAUGAAACCGGAUGUUAUACUAUAUAACAACAUCAUCGCAGCAUUCUGCGGAAUGGGUAACAUGGAUCGAGCGAUCCAGACUGUUAAGGAGAUGCAAAAGCUGAGGCAUAGACCAACCACACGGACAUUUAUGCCUAUCAUAAAUGGAUUUGCGAAAUCCGGGGACAUGAGGAGAUCCCUAGAAGUUUUCGAUAUGAUGAGGCGAUGUGGGUGUGUUCCAACCGUUCACACUUUCAAUGCUUUGAUUAAUGGUUUAGUUGAGAAACGUCAGAUGGAAAAGGCGGUUGAGAUAUUAGACGAGAUGACAUUGGCGGGUGUUAGUGCAAACGAACACACUUACACAAAGAUCAUGCAAGGCUAUGCAUCAGUUGGUGAUACUGGAAAAGCCUUUGAGUAUUUUACAAGACUUCAAAACGAAGGUUUGGAGGUUGAUAUUUUCACUUAUGAGGCGUUACUUAAAGCUUGCUGCAAAUCAGGACGAAUGCAGAGUGCAUUAGCUGUCACGAAAGAAAUGAGCGCACGGAAUAUCCCGCGCAAUUCCUUCGUCUAUAACAUAUUAAUUGACGGAUGGGCACGAAGAGGCGAUGUAUGGGAAGCCGCGGAUUUGAUACAGCAGAUGAAGAAAGAAGGUGUUAAACCCGACAUUCAUACUUAUACAUCCUUCAUUAGCGCUUGUUCUAAGGCCGGCGACAUGAAUAGAGCUACACAAACAAUCGAAGAAAUGGAAGCAUUAGGGGUGAAACCUAACAUCAAGACAUACACGACCUUGAUAAAAGGAUGGGCGCGAGCAUCUCUUCCAGAGAAAGCCUUAAGUUGCUACGAGGAAAUGAAGGCGGUGGGGCUAAAGCCCGACAAAGCUGUGUAUCAUUGCCUUCUGACUUCGCUUCUGUCGCGUGCUUCAAUCGCAGAAGCUUACAUUUACUCAGGAGUUAUGACUAUCUGCAAGGAAAUGGUGGAAGCAGGCUUGAUCGUUGAUAUGGGAACUGCAGUUCACUGGUCUAGAUGUCUGUGUAAGAUCGAAGGUUCUGGUGGUGAGCUCACUGAGACGUUGCAGAAGACAUUCCCACCUGAUUGGAGCUCGCAUCAUCAUCACCAUGGCUUCUUGGAUCAAGUUUCUGAUGUUGACUCCGAUGAAGAUGAUGUUGAUGGUGAGGAUGAUGAUGAUGAUGUUAACUCGGUUUCUGGUUUCUUAUCUUACAAGUAAGAGAAAACUGAUAUUGUAACAACUUUAGUAUAGAGCAAUAUCAGCAUAUUUUUGUUUUGUUUUAUGCUUCUGUAAAACAAAUCUUAUUGAAAGUACGAUUUCUUCAUAAAAGCGAAAAUAAUAAAAAAGACAUUAGAAAAUAAA